AUGGCCGAGUUGUUGCUUACAACAGCAUCUCGAGAAAGAAACAAUAGCGGUUCUACUCUCAAAGCUACUCGUUCAAAUGAGGUGGACGAAUGUCGACCACAUCACCCCAAGCAGAAAAUCCUGUCGUUCCGAGCAAAUCUGUCAACUCACAACGAUACACUUCUUAAGGACAUUGUCUUAUUCGGAGCUUCUUGGUUAGCAGAAUCCGGCUUUCAUGAUGGUGAUCUCGUCGAGCUGCAGCAAGUUGUGGAGGCCACAGCAAUCCGCGAUUUCGAGGCCAAAGCUACACAAUUUUCAGAAAACACGACUUCUUCUGCCAAGAAAGAAAACAUCACCGCUAAUGGUACCAGGCCGACUUAUCUAUGCCUCGUCAAUGCUUCCUCGAACGAGCUGUCGAUUAAGCAGCAGCCUAUCUCUGAUGUCUCCAUACACAAAAGCAUUGCCGCGGCGUUCGGCUUCACAUCGCCCUCGCAAAUAGACGUCACCAAGGUAAUUAAGGAAGAGUCGACAUCAUCUCACGUGGAAAUAUGUUUUCGUGAUGCAUAUCUCUCACGAUCUGAUAUGUGGCGUUUUGCAAGUCAGGAGCUGGUAGGCAAGACGGUCUACGUUGGACAAAAACUUCUGUUCCUCAACAGUCUCAGGGCUACUGUACGACGUAUUCACGUUGCUGGCAACCAUGCUCAGGUUGGCUACUUUGGCAACACUACCGUCCCUGUCUUUCGUAGCGAAGCAGCUCGAUACGUCAUAUUCAUACAAAUGUCAUCGGAGAUGUGGGAUUUCGAUUCUGAAGGUGAUGGCGAAAUCCUUUUUAAUCGUGUUGUCAACGGUUUUCUGCCCGAACUAUUUAAGAGAUGGUCAGCCAUGGAUCUUCGUCAUCUUGUCAGCAUCGUUAUGUUCGGUCGCCUAGAGUAUAGGCUGUCCGACAUGGCAGAAAUCCUCUCCGCCAGCUUUGCCAACCAAAACUUCUCGGCUGAAAGUAAUCGCCCUUUCGAUCACCAGGACUUCUAUCGGGUCGUUGUCACGGAUAUGGCAAGUGCCCAGUGGACAGUCAUCCUCGAUGAGCUAAAGCGUGGGUUCCGUGUCUUUCUGCGUGACGUAUCAUUGUUCAAGAAACCAGAGACUGGACUCAAUGCCAGACUCUCUGAAGAAGGGAACGAACAGCCUGACAAAAUCACUGGCAAGCUUAGCGGGGCUCUAAAAGGCAACAUCCUGGAAGCUAUCAACUUGGCGGCCUCCCAAUUCUCGAAUGACUACAUCGACAGAGAUCUGAUUAGAACCGGAAUCUCGACCGUAGUUAUUACGGCUGGCAGCGGAGUGUUUGACGUUGACAGAGAUCUUCUCAAGUUGACAUCAGAAACUCUGACCAAUAACGGUAUUGGAAUAGACAUAGUUUGCCUCUCGAGGAUGCCCCUUCACUCUGUACCUCUCUUCCGAUACCGCCUCGAAGGCGACCAUGACAUGAGCAGCAGUGAAGAUCUUAGGGUCGGGGCGAGUCCUACUUCAUCAUCCAACACUACCUUGGCACUGGCUUCUCUACCGGAUUUGAGCGCAUCUCCAGCUUUCUCCUCUCGCAACGCAGGCCUAACUUACUUCAGCCGCUUCCCGUCCGCGUUUCCAUUCCGUCUUUCACAGAAGUAUGGCUAUGGGAUUCCUCAAUGGAUUGAUCUGUCUUACUGGUCCUCCGAAAUGGGCUACGAGAACGGUCAAUGUAAGAAGAAGAAGAACCUACUAAGAAGGAUUCGCAACUCGACGUGGGGUGAACCAUUCGUACCGCGUGUGCGCAUGUAUGAGUUGCAGAUGAUGGGUUUGAUGGAAUUGGGCAUGGCGGACAUCUCUAUACCAUAUCUCAAUGAAGGGGCAAUUGGAAUUGACACUGCCUCAAGGACCCGAAAGAACAAGACAAACGAGUCUAACUACAGUCGAAGCCUCUCACGAUCACCCGAGCUUACAAAGAAGACUUCUGCUUUGGCAUUGAAAUUCCACAAGGAUAUUGGACCAGUGACAGCGGACGACUCAUCCAUUGCAAAGACAAAGAGAGUAAUGAAUCAAUAUGAUGGAGAUGUGUUCACAAUGAUGUCUUCGAAGAAAGAGGAGCGUCAGCAUCACAACACGAUGAAGUCUGCUAAACGUGCUGAUAACGUCAGUGUUGUCGAAAGUACAACGAACCAAUUUCCGAGCCUUUUGAACUUCCAGACCACGCGUGUCAGUGAUGACAGUGCUGACACGCGAAGCAUACUUUCGUCUGCAUCCAAGCUUUCUCGACCAGCCAGAGCACCACGAAAUUUCAGCUACAGUGAUCGCGGGUUGGUUCCAUUCAAGGCCGGAACAGUCACAGCGAGCAUUCAAAUGGAACAUAUUAAAGCUCAGAAGGCAGUGGUUACUCCCCUCAAAGAGAGCCUGGAAGAAAAGAGACCAGCUCUAGGGUCAAGGACCGGGACGCUUUCACGAGUCUCACAGCUAACUUCGGCGCUCACAGGUGAAGAUGACCAGUCCUCAAAACCGAGCACUGUACCAAAGAGUGACGAAGGAAGCAAACCUAUCAAGAUCAGCACGAAAUCUACUCAUACUUCUAGUCCUGACACGAGGGACAAGAUGCUGCCGUCACGACAACGCAGGUAUCAGCGACGUGGAAGUGGGGGUUUCAAAAUGGCACAACACGAGAUUUCACGUUCUUCCGGUUCUGAUGAGAAGCGUAGCGAUUUCACGACGGAAGACUUGCCAACUCCGAGCUCUAUACCGCGAAGCAGAAUCCCGUUCGUCCAUAAUGUGAAUGCUUCUAAUCCCUUGAAGCAGCGCACACAAGCAGGAGAAUUUGGCAGGUGGCAACACCUCUAUCCACAUGGACCGCGAGCUGCUACAGUCAAGUGGCGGUCUUUGUGUACGCCAGCGUCGGUCCCUCUGACAACGGACGAUUUUCCGUCACGACAAGAGCUGGAGAAUGAUUACGAAGUAGAAUCGUACACUAUCGACAUGCCCGAUACCGAUGAGCUUUACGAGAGACCUUAUAACAACAUUCAUACCCUAUUGUUGGAGAUGGCCUCGUUACGGGUAGCUCAUGGCUACCAGUUCGUGACUGGAACUGCUGUUUCUGACGCAGUAGGAGGCAGCCCCGUGGAUUGCUAUGAAAUCUACAAGCCAUCCACCUUGGACAAAUCCCGACUACUGGUUGUUUUGAUUAUGGGCAACGCUAUCCAAAAGCUCGAAGUUCACAACGCACUAUCCAUUUCUGUAACCAAGUAUGUGCAGAAGCCAAGCAAAGUUGACUCUGCGGUUAUUGCUUCAACCAGGUAUUGCCCUUAUAUUAGAACUAUUCUUUCCACUGAAUACUCGCCACGUCAGCUUACCCUUCGCGGCUUCUCAGAACAAUACCCGUGGGCCGAUGCUGACAGCCAUUUAGUCAGCCAAGGUGAUGCUGGAGAACAUGUGGUAGAGCGCCUAAGAUAUUGGCGAGCACGGUUCGUACUACUUCCUGUAGAACCACCAGCAAGUACCCGGAAAAAGCAUCAGGCGGACGAAGACGACGAGGAGAUUCACCUACUAGGUAUUCGUGCUCUGACGCAGCUAUGGCAGAAGAAUCGCUAUAUCACAACAGAUGAGAGAAGGGUUCUGCAGAAGAGGAUGGGAUCUGAUAGAAGCAGAGAUGAGAACCCGCUGGAGGUGAAAAUGGAGACUCUAAACCCUUCAGAGCUCAUAGCUACAGAAUUGGAGAAGUUAAUACAGGUUGACGAUGACAACCAGUUAGGGCCAACCACAUUGCUGCCGGAGGUGCAAAAGCUCGACAACGAAAGUAGUAUGACCAAAAUUGCACAGGCUAUGCAGAGCGAGACAGGUAUUGACAUUAAGAACCGCCGCUGGCAUCUUCGGCUCCACUACAACUGUUUCCAAGGAGAAGAGUUCACGAAUUGGCUUAUUCAAAAUGUGAAAAACAUGAAUACCCGUGAAGAUGCUGUUGAGUUUGGCAACCAGCUCAUGAAGGAGGGCCUUUUCGAGCAUGUCAAUGGAAAGCAUCGGUUCAAAGACGGGCAUUAUUUUUAUUCAAUCAAACCACAAUACAGAGCUCCACGGUCUGACCUGCAGAAGCCAUGGUUUAUGCCUGGUCGCUCUUCAGAGAAGUCCGUUCCUGCAACGCCGAUGGCUGAGCAGCCGCCGAAAGAGCUUUCGCUAACCUCAGGACGUUCGAGAUCUGGUUCCAAUCUUGCUCAUCAAAUUGGUGCAAAUCCACCGUCGGACGACAAGCAGAAUAGACGAAAAGCUGUAUCUUUAUCCAGGUUGAUCCGGGUUGAUGUCGACACCAGAAAGAGGUCCGCGCCUUCCCGUCCGGAAGUAGUCAAUGUACAUUAUGACCGUUUCCACAAUCCCGAGAAUUGCUAUCACAUUGAGCUUAAUUGGCUGAGUGCGACCUGCAAGUUGGUUGACGAUGCCAUCGUGUCUUGGACCAACACUGCCGAGAAGUACGGAUUGAAGUUGGUUGAGGUGCCUAUUGCAGAAGCUAUUGAUGUGCCAAAUGCAGAGCCGUUCCGCAGUCCCUACUGCAUUAAACUGGCUCUUGAUCCGCCGAAGCAGAAGCCAUCCAAUUUCAUGUUCAACCAUACUUUCUUUACGGCUACGUCGUUUGGGCCUCAUUCACCAGCGAACGCAUCUACCACUGCGAGACAUGUGUAUCAAAAAGCUAUACUUAGACGUUGCAAUUUUGUGCUGGACCUGGAAGCGGUAAGUGAAUUCCCGGAGGGUGUGGAUAUUCGCUGCAGCUGGGGUCAGCUUGAAUACAAACAUACUCAGUAUGUACAUCGUUCUGGGGUCAUUCUUGCCCAGAUCAUGGAUAAUGGCGAUAUCAUGCUUCUCGCUAAUCGUCUAUACAAUUCGAGACUGGUCAGUACGAAAGACGCUGGUGGCCGGACAGUGGACCCCAGGCGUGAUGUGGGUCCUCAGACACACAGGCCUGCCGUCCCCCCUACAUCUACGGCCAGUAUGCAAGCUAGUGGCAUUAUUGGGGUAAACCUUGCCUCGCCAAGCACAGUAUUUUCUAGCCCAGGUCUUCGUGCAAUGCCUAGCUUGGGUUUUGGACCUAGUCCUGCAGCUCGACCUUCGGACAAUACACAUGCGUCUGCAGGUGAUAUACCUUCCAACCAAGACAAAACAGCUCUCGCCGAUGCCUUCAGCAGGAAACCGACCUUCGCGGCUACAGGAUUAUGGAAUACUCCCAUCACUCCAGAGCAAAUCAAAGACGACCUCGAAGCAUUUUGCCAGGACAAAGCUCGUCUUGAAGUCUUCUACAAAGAGGUAAAUAAUGCCCCAGCACCAGGUCUGACCAUCGGAACAGGUAUCGGAAAUCGUACAGCGAGCAGCAGCUCUAGUAGUUUGCUUCGUCCCGUCAGAGAGGUACCUGGGACUAUGGCGAGCGACAUUACUGGUAUACCAGCAUUUGAGCUGCCAGAGGCUGUCACAGCUGUAAGACAGUUGCGAAGAGCAACUGUAGCUUAUGACAACUCGGGUGAUAUGUUUGAUCGAAGUAGAGUGAGCAGUCGAAAUGGGAGUAUAGGAAGUGGAACCAAUGGCGGUGAAAGGGAAAGAGAGAGCCAAGAUAAAGGAGGUGUAGGAGGUAUACCACCGAGUCCGUUACGAAAGGGCUCAAAAUGA